CAGAUAGUCAACCUAUUAUGGCGACAGGAAGUACAUUGGGCCAUGUUGCUCUCUGGAAUUUAGAAGAAAGAUGUUUAUCGAGUACAUUACGUCAUGCUCAUGAUGGAAGUGUUACUGCAAUCAGAUUUCUUCAAUCACAACCUUUGCUCAUUUCCACUAGUCCUGAUAACUCUUUAAAAGUACGUAAAACACGCUAUUUCCCUUGCAGUAGAAACGUCGGAUAUGGCUAGGCUAAUGAAUAUAGCAAGCCUUUUAAAGGGAAACAUAUUCAAAUAAUCAGUAGAAAUAUUUUCGAGAAAUGUGUAAUAAGCUAAUACCCCCAAGCAUUUUGCAAAGAAAUAGAUGUAGAAUAGGAAUAAUAAAAUAUUCUUCAUUUAAAUCCCCUUGCAAUCUUUACUGGGAUUUCUAGUGUCCAUGUGAACGAGUAAAUGAGUUCUGAAUGUUCUGAGUAUAUGUACCCUGACCUCAUCUGAACAUUCAUAACUCGUUCGCUUUCUGUCAAACAACAAUAAAACUGUGCGCAAAAUUUCGUUUCAUUAUAGUCGAUUCAAAUAUAUGUAUAAUGGUAUACUAAAGAAGGUUAUAUUGUAUAUACAUAAAACUGGUUUAUUACAGUAUUGCGAUAUUCUCUUUCAUUGUUAUGUAGAUUUGGAUUUUUGACCAACCAGAUGGCAGUGGACGUGUUCUUAAGUCGCGUUGUGGUCACAGUGGGCCUCCUUGUAGAAUACGUUUUCAUGGCGCACGUGGACAUACCAUACUCAGUGCUGGUAAGUAUAGUUGAAUUGUAAAUGUACCGGCACAGUGGAGGUAUUAUACUUAGCGUCUGAAUAAAACCUGUGAUUUAUCUGACCAGCAUCUAAAUCACAUCUCAGUCGAGAUAAGUUAAUGGAAAAGCUACGAGGGAGGAUUUUGGUAAGCACUGGGCGCGAUGUUACAUAUUGGACGAACAUAUGUGAAGUUUCGUACCCCUUGUUGAAUCGCCUGUAGACGUACUAGCUUUGUUCAAGGAGUGAUUGAGCCCCUUUGCUGCACGACAGUCAAUUAACUUCCCCAACUUUAGUCUUUCUAUAUUGUCGUUUUAGUCGUUGAUUCAUUGUACGAUGUUUAACGAAGGAGUGGUUACUUAUAGCUUGAGACGCUAUGCAGAUGAAUGUAGUUGAAAUACUGAGAAAUAUUUAUUGAUUCUAGGUCAAGAUCGAAGCUUAAGGAUGACAUCAACAAUUCGAGACGCACAAAGCUGUGAAUUAUCACAAGGUGUUGCCACCAAUAUUUUCUAGUUUGCAUAAUUAUUUUCAUAGUGUGGAUUAUGUCUGUAGAUUUUAUUUUUGGGAGUUGUUAGGCAGUAGCUCCAGUAUAGUUAGCUCCACUGCUUGAUUUUCAGAAUUGUUUAAUGCAACUAGUUUGGGAAUUUGGAGCUAGCCCAACAGUUUCAAAAAAAGAAUCUACAGUAUGGCAUGGCUCCCAAACGUCUGCAACCAUAGUAGAUGUAAACUGCAAUUGGCAACACAACUUCUAGCACAGAGUCGUGCUGUGUAAAACGUAUUUACAGAGAAACUUGGACCGUGACCCGCACUUUACUCCCAGCCGACCUUUUCUCCCGUAAAAUACCAUAUUAAGGCAUCAAAGAAAUGAGUAAGAAUAGUAAGUACCAGAAAACUGAAAAGCAGUCCUUGCUCACUAAUUUUCUGCUAAUACUUUUCAAAAUAACAUCGCUCUGUGUCCGCAGUAGACUUUACUGUUCAUUAAACUUUUGCCCCAUCGGCCUCCAUGUUUGCGUGUUUUAUCAUGACAGGCGCACGUGAAUGUUAUAUCGCCAUGUUUCACGCACGAAUAUGUUUCUUUUUGAUCUUGAACCCAAUCACAAACCUUAAACCAACUAUGCACGAAGCAUGAGGAAAUAAUCACAUGGAAACGAGGCUAUUGGGGUAAGAGUACAAUAAACAGUAUAGUAUUUACGGUAACCAGUGUUAAAAAGUACAACAAUACUAUCAGUUAUUCAUUUUAGGUUCCUUUCUUAAACAAUCAAAGAAUCUCGGAGUCAAAAUGGAAGAGUUGAAGUUGCCAGUAAUUGUUGAUUUUGCUUCAGGUGAGCAUCUCACAUUUAUUUAGUUUGUGACGAUUGUAUUCUUCGCGGGGGCUGCUUGAUUGCAGACGUGAUCUGGUGAAGAAGUUGCUGUGUUGGAGGAAUAUUUAUCCACCGGAUCAGCUACAUGUUUCCUGUCGUCGUACAACCAGACCUGGGUGGCGAUGAAGACCCGGUAUAGCACAUAUCCGUACAUUUCACAGUUUUUCAAACAUUGCACAUUUUCCAUACAGAUGAAACACGACAGAGAGACUGGGAUGGAAUUGUGACGUGUCAUUAUGGUACUUCUGAUGUCCGGACUUGGAACUUUCAAAAUAAGUGUAUUGGGAAACAUAUUCUUAAACCAAAGAAUGAAGUCAAAGAUUCUGCCGCACAGGUUCUGUAUGCAUGGCAAAACUACUGAAUUCUGAUUGGUUGAGAGACGUAUUGUCACAGAAUUGACAAAAAGGAGAGCAGUGAGAAUAAAAAAAAUACAAAAAAGCGAGUUCACCUUAUCAUGUUCACUAACC